CGUAGACCACCCAUAGACGUAACGUAUGAAUAUAACAUAACCUAACAUAACCUUACUUAAUUUCUAAAAAAUAAAGUAUUUUAAGGUAUCAAUUUUUAGAAAUAAGUGUUAGUUUUUCCGAGUUAUAACGUGUAAAAAUGUCGCACAAUAACCAGAGAAAUCGCGUUGGUGCUGACAUUGCAAAAAGAAGUUGUAGUAAAGAAGCUUUCAUCCAACAUGAAAAGUUAACAGAGAGUGAAGUGGGAAUUACUGAAUAUGUUAGCACCAUGGAAGGGUUUUCUGCUAUACUGAAGGCAAGAUACUCUGAUUUUCAUGUAAAUGAAAUAAAUUUACAAGGUCAAGUUGCAAAAUUAACAAGUUUAGAACCUCCUCAUUUUCAAGAAGUAGUUGUCAAUAAAGAAGAAUGUGAAGCAGCUGUUGAAAAAAUUUUACCAAAUUGUUGUAACGAAAUUAAUACCAUGUUGACAAGUGAAAGUUCUGAACCCUUACAAUUUGAUAUUACUGAUAUGUCUAAAGAAGAUCGUAAGAAUUUUCAUAAAAAUAUUAAAAUGAUUUAUCAGUCAACAGUUAUUGCCCAAACAAUUAAUAAUGAUGAUAGGAGGUUUAUAAAAAUAGAAAAAUACAACAAAAAUAAUGAAUCCUGCCAAAGACUAAAGUGGCCACAUAAUAUAGGAGAUUAUGUUCAUUUUUUAGUUUAUAAAGAAUGUCUUGAUACCAUGGAAGCAUGUCUCAGAAUAAGUAGUGCUUUGAAUGUGAAAGCAUCAAGUUUAACGUAUGCUGGAGUAAAGGACCGUCGUGCAAAAACAACCCAAUGGUUCUCAAUAAAAAGGUAUCUACCAGAAAGAAUUGUUAAUAAAACUAAAGGAAUACGUAAUGUUAAAGUAGGAAAUUUUGAAUUUAAGGAGGAACCACUUAAAUUAGGACAAUUAAAAGGAAACCGUUUUUGUUUAGCUCUGCGUAAUGUUACUGUUGAUAAUAGCAUAAUAGAGUCACAGAUGAAGUCAUUAAAUGAUAAUGGCUUUAUAAAUUAUUUCGGUUUACAAAGAUUUGGUUGUGAUAAGGAAGUACCUACUUUUGCUGUAGGUAUAAAAUUAUUAAGAGGACAAUGGAAAGAAGCAUGUGAACUCAUUCUGAAGGUAAAAAAGACAGAUUUUCCACGUUCUGAUACUACUAAAGCUAAACAAGCCUAUGCGACAACUUCAAAUGCACAAUUAGCAUUAACUGAAUUUGCCAGAAACAGAAGAACUUCAUUGGAAUACAGGUUACUGGAAGGUCUGUCAAAAAACAAUAAAAACGAUUAUGUAAACGCCCUAUCCAAUAUUCCUCGAAACAGUAGACUACUCUAUAUUCAUUCUUUUCAAAGCUUAAUAUGGAACAGAGUAGUUUCAAUGCGAAUUAAAAAGUUUGGAUUGAAACCAGUAAUUGGAGAUCUGGUAGUUAUUGGAAAUAUUGCUGAAAAUGAAACAAAUUUGUCCGAUUCUGAAUCAGAAGAAAAAAAUGAAAUAAAAGGCGAUAGUAAUAUAAAUAGUAGAUCUAAAGUUAAAGCAUUAACUGAAGGUGAAUUAGAUCAGUACUCUAUAUUUGAUAUAGUUUUACCUCUGCCUGGAUAUGAUAUUGUAUAUCCGGAAAAUGAAAUAAAAAAUUAUUACGAGGAACUUCUUAAAAGUUAUAAUUUAUCUUUGGAAAUGUCCAAACAAAAUGUAAAAACCUAUAAUUUAAGUGGCACCUAUAGGAAAAUAAUGGGUAAAGUACAGAAUUUUUCAUGGAAAGUUCUGCACUACAAUGAGCCUGACGACGUCUUGAUUCGAUCUGAUUAUGAAGAAUUAUGCGGAGAAAAAGAACCUGAAGAUCAACCCAAUGGGAAGUUUAAAGCCUUAAUUAUGGACUUCUGUUUGGAUCCCUGUAGCUAUGCCACGAUGGUUGUAAGAGAAGUUUUAAAAACAGAUACAAAUUCCGUAGCCCAUGCAAAGCUCAACAACUACUUUGAAGCUGAAAAUUGUAAAGAAGAAAAUACGCAGUCAAAGGACUUUGAGAAAGAACACGAUUUACUAUCAAAUAAAGAAAAGUUUGAAGAAUUUAAAAAGUUCGUUUUUGCUGCUGACGACGAUGGUGAACCACCCUCUAAAAUAGCAAAAACUGAUGAUUAAAAUUUUGUUUUAUCUAUAGAUACAUAAAUUAACUAAGCUAUUUAUCGCAAUAAACGACAAUAGAAAAUAA